GCCGGCCCAAUUUGUUGACAGUCAACCUCCUCCUUAUUCAUCAAUAUCUCUCCUCUCUCUCUCUAUAUAGAUACAUUUGUGUGCAUAUAUAUAUAUAUAUAUGUUCAUGGAUUCUACGGAGUUGCAGAGUUCAAAUACUGUUGAAGAAAUGAGAGAGAAGAAAUCGGAGAUGGAUCUAGCUAAGAAUAAAAAGAGAUAUUCGUAUAUGCCGAAAUUUGGAUGUUUAAGGGCGGACUUUGAGUACCCGACGGUAGAGAGAUCGGACGGUGAUGAUAUGGAGUCCGGUUGUACAGAAAAGGAUCGGUCUCCGACACACCUGGUUAUUAUGGUCAACGGCAUCUUUGGGAGUGCUCAGGAUUGGAGAUUUGCUGCACAGCAGUUCUUGAAGAGGUAUCCUCAAGACGUUAUCGUACACCGCAGUGAAUGCAAUUCUUCAAUGUUAACAAUUGACGGUGUUGAUGUAAUGGGAAAGAGACUAGCGGACGAGGUGAUAUCCGUUAUAACCGGUUAUCCAAAUCUUCAGAAAAUUUCUUUUAUAGGUCACUCACUUGGUGGCCUUGUAGCAAGAUAUGCUAUUGCUAAGCUUUAUGAUCAAGAUAUCCAAGGGAAAGCUUCUCAAGGGAAUGUAGAAUGUAGAAGUAAUGAAUCUAAUGAUCCAUGCUCGGAAGAGAAACUUAUAGACUCAGAAGGGAAACUUAUAGACAAAAUUGCUGGACUGGUACCCAUGAAUUUCAUAACUGUGGCAACACCACACCUCGGUUCAAGGGGACAUAAGCAGGUCCCUGUGUGUUGCGGUUUUUACACUAUGGAGAAGGUAGCAUCUCGGGCCUCAUGGCUUCUUGCAAGAACCGGGAAACAUUUAUUUUUGACAGAUGGUGAUAAGAGAAAACCACCUCUUCUACUUCAGAUGGUCAAUGACACUGAUGAUCUUAAAUUUAUUUCUGCUUUAAAGUCGUUCAAGCGUCGCGUUGCCUAUGCAAAUGCAAAUUUUGAUCAUAUUGUGGGAUGGAGUACAUCAUCGAUACGGCGCCGAAGUGAGCUUCCAAAGCGUCAACGUCUUUCAAGAAAUGACAAAUAUCCACAUAUUGUAAAUGAGGAGCUAGCAAUAACUGCGAAUCCUCAACAAGAACUCUCUUUGGAGAUCAUCAAAGUCAAUGGUUACAAGACAAUUGACAUGGAAGAGGCAAUGAUCAGAAGUCUUACAAAAUUGAGCUGGGAACGCGUUGAUGUUAGCUUCCGUGGAAGCAAACAAAGAUUUUUCGCGCAUGGUAAAUACCUACUGCGUCAAUUCUGAUGGAGCCGAUGUGAUACAACACAUGAUGGACAAUUUUCUCUUAUAGAAGUCUAUAAUUUACAUUCACUCACACGAUUGUGUUUCUUGUACCAUAAAAUUAUGUAAAUCAUUCAUUCUAAAUAUGAAAAAUGUAAAAAUAGCUUCAGAAAUAAUGAGGAGAUCUAGUUAGUGAUCCACUUUCAGAA